CUGGGGUUCUACACCUCGCGACAUCGACAAAUUCCGUGCAACAACUCUUCUUCACACACACACAUACUGGUACCCGCAAUGGCGCCCCAAUCGUCUGAUCAGCACGAUGUUGCAAUAGACGCGCACUCACGCUCUGCCCUUGCUACAACGAAGCAAAAUCUCCGCUACCUCUACGACCCGAAAACAGCAGGUGCUGGCGCCGUCUCAUCUCGCCGCACCCGCGCUGCCUUACGCGUCCUACGCUCCAGCUUAAUUUUCAUCUUCUGGCGCGUUGUGCGCUACGCAAAAUAUGUCGCUAUUGGCUCAUUGGUUGCUACAAUAGGCGCAGGCGCAAUUGGCACAUUUGUCAGCGGUGCAGGUUUCGUGCUUGCGCCUACAGGCAUCGCAGGAACCAUCAUUGCAAGCUCGGUGUGGGGCAUUGGACGUUUUGCUGUUCGCAGAGUGAAGAGGAGAUGGGAGACGGGCCACGGGUAUGGGGAUGCGGAGGAGAGGGCGGAAGCGAGAAGGAGCAGGGCUGCGCAGAUGGAGCGUGGGCCCGAGGCGCUGCCUUGGUGA